GGAGCCCAUCACGUGAGCAGAGCCAGCCGAAAGCGGAGAGAGGAUCUAGGAAAGGAACACGCUGGGGAUAACAACACACAAAGUGCAAUGGCGACAGGAACACCCGAAAGCUGGGGGUCUGGUAGCGAUCAUUUCUUCAAGAUUCUUCUCCGAGACAUCAACCCAGACAUGGUGGCGGCUUGGAAGGACCCUGAGGCUUUCGGAGAUCGGGAGAGAUUUGACGGCCUCGUAGAGAUCUCCUGCGGGGAUAUAUUCGAAGGAGCCCCAGCUGCAGAUGCAAUUGUAAGCGUAAAGAUUCUCCUACUAGCUAUAUUUUCUGUCUUUGCUUCUGUAGGUUUCUCCUGCAAAUAGCUUUGGGUUCAUGGAUGGAGGCAUAGACAUGGUAUACUCCCUUCACUUUGGAUGGGACCUACAAAAGAGACUGCAGGAACUCCUGCGCAAGCAGUACAGUGGGGAACUCCCAGUGGUAUGGUAGACCCUGCAAUGAUUAGUUACACCACACUCACUUGCACUAUUAUUUCACCUACUAUUCUGUGUGUUGAAACAAAGGGUUGUGCUGUGGUGUUGCCGGCCUACCCUCCUGAUCAUGAUUUUAGCAAGACUCCAUUGUCCGAGUCGGUCAACGAAGGUCGGCCCAUCCACCACCUGGUCUCAGCUCCCACCAUGAGAAUACCCACCAAUAUCUCCACAACAGUCAACUCCUACCUCGCCUUUCGGGCAGUUCUUAGAUCUGUGUUGGAGUAUCAAUCAUCAGGAGCCAGUAGCGAGGACAAGAUCCACAGGGUUCUCUGUCCUGGGCUGGGUACGGCGGUGGGAAGGAUGCCCUACUCCAGGUCUGCCAUUCAGAUGAGGACAGCCUAUGAUGCAGUGAUGUAUGGUAAUGUUGAGGCUAUAAACUCUCCAUCAUCACUUGGCGACAGCUGUACAAGUCACACUAGUCUUUGUCAGGCUGGAAAAGGUGGUGAAACUGCCUUUGGCCCCACAGCAGAGGAUGGCGAACUGUUUGUGGACUGAGCGCAUCCCAUUUUUCUCGUUG